GGUGUACGCGCAUAGAAAAUCAUCAGAACCGUGUAGAAUUUGCAUUUGACUUGAGAGCCUGUGAGAACACUCAUCAUGAAGAAGCAACAGGUUGUCUUGGGCAGCCAGGAUGGUGGGACUGUGUCUAGUGCAACGCCUGCUUUUUUUGUCAUCUUGAAACAACAGCAGGGAAAUGGCAAAGCUGACCAAGGAAUCCUAGUAGCAAACCGUGAUGCCUGUGCUCUUGCCAGCAGUGUAUCAGCUCCGAUAAAACCCAGAGUCAAGACCUGCCUCCCAGCUGACUGCGUCUCGGGGGGCAUUACUGUCACCCUGGAUAACAACAACAUGUGGAAUGAGUUCUACCAUCGCAACACAGAGAUGAUUCUGACGAAGCAGGGGCGGCGCAUGUUCCCAUACUGCCGGUACUGGAUUACAGGUCUGAAUUCCAGUCAGAAGUACAUCCUAGUCAUGGACAUAUCCCCUGUGGACAAUCACCGAUACAAGUGGAAUGGCCGCUGGUGGGAACCCAGUGGGAAGGCAGAGCCACAUGUUCUUGGGCGAGUGUUUAUUCAUCCAGAAUCCCCUUCCACUGGCCAGUUCUGGAUGCACCAGCCUGUAUCCUUCUACAAGCUCAAACUUACCAACAAUACCCUGGACCAGGAGGGUCAUAUAAUCCUGCAUUCUAUGCACCGUUACUUGCCACGGCUUCACUUGGUGCCUGCAAACAAAGCCACAGAAGUCAUUCAGCUUAAUGGCCCUGAUGUCCAUACAUUUACCUUUCCACAGACAGAGUUCUUCGCAGUUACAGCCUACCAGAACAUCCGGAUUACCCAGCUGAAAAUAGAUUACAAUCCUUUUGCUAAAGGAUUCAGAGAAGAUGGGUUGAAUAGUCGACCUCAGCGUGAGGUGAAACAGAACAGUAACUUAGAAUUGGAAGGAGGUGGUGUUUUUAGUGCUGCUAGCAUUUGUAGGCGCUCUGCUGACGUUGAUGCAUUAGAUGUGCAUCAGAAAAGUUUAGGUUCUUCAUUCAUUGGUCACAACCCAUCAGACACUGAACUGCACAAAGAGUCCUUUAAUACAGAAGGAGACAUCCUAGGUCUCCUGGACACUAAUCUGUCUUCAGGUGUUGUGCCAAAGCUAAAACAAGAAGUUUCUGAAAGUCCCAUUGGUAGCGCUUAUGAAAGCAGUUCCCAUGUGUCUUCUCCACUGGACCCAAAUGGACGCUUUAAUGUGGUCGUUAAAGAGGAACCCGUAGAUGACUAUGACUACGAGUCAAAUAUUUGUACUCAAGGAGUAACUGUGAAACAAGAAGACACAGAUGAAGAAACCGAUGAAUAUUCCAGCGCUGAUGAUGAUGAUCUCAUCCUACAAAAGCACCUAAUGAGACGCAGUGAAGUAGAUGGAAUUGAUGGAGCAUGCAGGUCUAGGAAGCGGAUGCUAACCAGUCCUUCUGGUGUUGCCAAAGCAAAAAUGUUAAAACUGGAGAGUGGUAAGAUGCCGGUGGUCUAUUUGGAACCUUGUGCAGUCACUAAGAGCACAGUGAAGAUAUCUGAGCUGCCACAGGCCAUGCUUUCAUCUUGCAAGAAGGAUAAAUCCCCUUUGAGCGCAAUCCUGGACUCCUUGCCUGUGUGUUUUGAAAAUCACAAAGACUCUUGCUCAGGCACAGCCACUGUGACAGAGGAGUUAGUUAUGAAAAAAGACUCUACUGGGAGUAAAGUGGCACAGAAAUACUCUGCAAUCCAAGAGGCCCAGUUGGCGCUAUCCAAAUCACCUAAUUUUAGUCUCAGGGGCUCAGUAAGUUGUGACUUUUCAGAUAAAGAGAUCUGUGGCAGAAGAAAGCCUGGCAUACUGAAGAGUCCUGUAUCUCUCAAAGGCUCUGGUAGCAAUCAAACCACCCUAUCAUCAGUUACAACUAAAAGAGGAAGGCCACGGAAACUGAAAAUUUCCAAGGCUGGUCGACCACCUAAGGCUAUAGGGAAAGCUGUAAUCAAGAACACCUCUCUGGGGCCUGGGAGUAUCCUUCCAGAUGUGAAACCGGACCUUGAAAAUGUUGAUGGUGUGCUUUUUGUGUCCUUUGCAUCAAAGGAAGCUCUUGACAUUCAUACUGUUGAUAGAGCUGGAGGAGAAGAGUCGCAGACUCUCCAGGCUCCCCUGUUGACUACAAAUGAUCCAGAUUGUCAAGCACGAAUACAAGUACUGGAAAAGGAAUUGAUGGAAGAGCUGAAGACCUUGAGGCAUAAGCAAGUAAUACAUCCUAGCCUUCAGGAAGUGGGAUUGAAGUUGAAUUCUGUGGACCCAACAAUGAGUAUUGACUUGAAAUAUUUGGGUGUGCAGCUUCCUCUUUCCUACUCAAACUACUCUUCGUGGAGCUAUUCAGGAACCAAUCCCAAUUCUCCAGAUACUGGAUUUCCUUUUGUUUCCAGGACAGGAAAGACAAAUGAUAUCACAAAAAUCAAAGGCUGGCGAGGAAAGCUUCAUGGUGCUUCUAGAAAUGAAGGUGGCAGUUCAGAAGGUUCUUUGAAGAAUCGGUCAGCAUUCUGUAGUGACAAGCUGGAUGAGUACCUGGAAAAUGAAGGGAAAUUGAUGGAAACAAGUCUGGGAUUCUCUUCUAGCACUCCCACUUCUCCCGUGGUGUAUCAGCUUCCCACUAAGAGCACUAGCUAUGUGCGAACACUCGACAGUGUUUUAAAGAAGCAGUCCACUGUAAUUCCAUCAACAUCUUACACAUUCAAGCCUGCUCCUCCAUCAUCUACCUCUAGGAAGACAAAGACUCAAACCAGACAGGCAUCAACAAACAGUAGAGUAAAAUCAUCUUACAGGCCUAUACUGCCUUCACCUUCUCCUGCAAAGCAGAAACAGAACUCGUCAGUAUCAGGGGAAAAGGCUGCUAAAUCUGCUAGCAGUUUGAGUAACCAAGCAGAUGGUUUUUUGUUGCCAGCUGUGGAUGAAAACACACUUCCAAAACAGAUUAGUUUGCGUCAAGCACCACAGCAUCCACAAGCAGCUCGUCCACCAGGUUUGUCUAAAUCUCAAGUGAGGUUAAUGGACUUGGAAGAGUGUGCUCUCUGGGAUGGGAAACCACGGACCUAUAUUACAGAAGAGCGAGCAGACAUCUCUUUGGCAACCCUGCUUACAGCUCAGGCUUCUCUCAAAAACAAACCUAUCCACAAAAUAAUAAGACGACGAGCACCUCCUUGCAAUAAUGAGUUCUGCCGACUGGGCUGCGUUUGUGCCAGUCUAGCGCUGGAGAAACGUCAGCCGACCCACUGCCGCAGGCCAGACUGUAUGUUUGGCUGCACUUGCUUGAAGAGAAGAGUCUUGCUGGUGAAAGGAGGGUCAAAACAUAAGAAAAUGAUGAAAAAGGCUGUACGUGGAAAUCUUGUGCUGUACGGAACACAAGAACUACAAGAGGAUGAAGAUGUGGAAGAGGGUGAUGGGGGGGAAGAGGAGCUGAAGCAGAAAGAUAAGAAGAAGAGAAAAAGGGUGGAAUACACUAUAUGUGACUCAGAACCAGAACAACCUGUUAGAAAUUGUCCGUUGUGGGUGAAAGUAGAAGGUGAAAUAGAUCCAGAGCCCAUUUACAUCCCAACACCAUCUGUUACUGAACCGGUUAAAUCUCUGGUGCUGCCCAAUCCAGAGGUCUUACUUCCUAGUAAGAACAGGUCUCCCAGUGGUGUAAAACCUGGCAGAGUGUAUACUCCUAAACCCAAUCCAGUGAUUCGAGAGGAGGACAAGGAUCCUAUCUACUUGUACUUUGAAAGUUUGAUGACUUGUGCAAGGGUGCGGGCAUAUGAACACAAGAGAGAGAAGAAAAAGUGGCAAAAAGAGAAAAGUGAUUCACAGAGCUGUAGCGUGCAGGUAAGAAAUUACAUUGUAACUAACAUGUAUCAUAGAACAGGCAGAAAUACUGAAAAUGAUGAAGAGCAUGAUCUAGAGGUUCAGUCUCCUGAGAAGGCAACCUGUGAGGUGGACAAAGACACUAAUAAAUCAGGAGAGAAAAGCUGGUGUUCUUCCCGUAGUGAGGGGGACUCUUCCUCCACCUCCUAUGUUCAUCAUACCACUCAAGGUGAACCAACCGAACUUAUCGAGAUUAUGUCUGACUGCAACUUGGAGGAAGAUCAAGAUAAGAUCUUGGGCAUCUUAUCACAGCAUAUCAACAAUAACACACCACAGUGCCUCAAAGUGGGUAGCUUCGUUAUUGAAUUGGCUUCGGAACACAAGGCCCAGAAUGAGAACCACCCUCCUGUCUACUCCUCCAGAGUGAAAAUUUCAGUGCCAUCCUACCAGGCCAAGGAUGAGAAGCCUGAGAUACCUGUCUCGGAGACUGCUGGUAGCAGAGUGCCGUCAUGCAAUAACUCAGAAAGUUUAAAGUCCCUGCGGGCAGACCCAUUGGACAAACCACAGGAGAAGUUGCACUGGGGCAAAGGCUUGCCUUUUUAUGCAGGGGUUUCUCCUGCAGGAAAACUGGUUGUCUACAAAUGUAAAGCUAAUAUGAGCCCCUCAGACUUGAUUCAGGUUAAUGAUAAAAGGUAUCCUCAGGCCAAACUGCUUUUGGGACAGAUGGGGGCAUUACAUCCUACCAAUCGGCUAGCAGCUUAUAUCACAGGCAGGCUGCCACCCACAGUACUUGACAUUGCAACCCUCAGUACUGUCAUCUCCAAGGUAGCAUCCAGUGCUAAAACACCUGCUUCUGAGACACCAUCAGUCCAGGAGCCCACAACAUCAGCUCCUAUAACUACAUCUUCCACCAGCACUACUUCAACCCCCAGAGUGACGACUCUGAAAACCCAUGUCCCAGCACAGAGACAGAUAGCUGUUCAACCCUCACCUGGUGGGAUGUUUGCCCAGUUUGUGAUAAACAGAGCCGGAACUCUACAGCAGAAGAUUCCUGGAGUGAGCACACGCCAGCCUGUGUCAGGGCAACAGUUCAGUGUCAAGCCUACACCAAUUACAGUUGUUGUUCCUGAGGCUUCUUCAAUACUAUCUCCAGUUCAAUGCACAGUCGUUCCUGGGGUCACUGCAGCCACCACCAGUUCUCCAGUUACUGUGGAAACUGCUGCUGCAGCACCUGGAGUGAACACCUGUACUACUCCCUCAUCCACCACUCCUACUACUGUGAACAUAACAAAACCAACAGGGGUUGUUGCAGCAGGAGUAACUACAUCAUUCCCUAAAACUGUAGUAACACCACCAGCUGUUACUUGUCCUAUUGUCACAAGGUCCACUUCUACAGUUGUACUUACAACCACUGCAGCGGCUACACCUGUGGUGACCACACUGACUUCCUCUGUUCCAGUGAUACUGUCAGGAGUGAAUUCAAGUCCUCCACAGAAUCAAAAAAGAGAAGAUGCUACUCCCCUGGCUGUAAGUCAGAGUCCCCAGAAGAUAGUUCCUGGAACGGACAAACGUGUUGGGCCUCAAUUGUUGCUGAUUCCAGUGCAUCAGACACCUGCUUUACGACCAGUAAACAACACCCAGCUUGCACAGAGGCAGAGGGUGAUUCUCCAGCCUCUCAGGAGCCCUGGUGCUGUGAACCUGUUCAGACAUCCUAAUGGGCAGAUCAUACAGCUUGUUCCGCUGCAGCGGGUUCAAACAGCAGGUGCCCAGCCCAGCGUGCAGCCAGUGAUGCUCCGCAAUCCAGGAUCUGUUGUAGGAGUCCGGAUGCCUACACCGUCUAAGCCUCCCGAGCUGCCUGUGUCUCCCGCUUCCUCUGUGUCUGCCACUUCUCCUGCCACAAAUGCAACUGUACAAACUGCAGUACCCAAGUUAUCCCCUCCAUCUAACCCAGCCACUCAAGCAUCCUCUCUUCUUCCUUCAGUAACAAGUUUUGUGUCACAGGCAGGCACUCUGACUCUGAGGAUCAAUCCCUCUGCUGCUGGCAGCAUGACAAAUCAAACAUCCUCUGAGUCUAAAAUAACCUGCAGCUCAGGAAGUCUGCCAGCUACCACCGCUAAUUUCAUACCUUUGCAGUCUGGGAGUUUUGCUUUACUUCAGCUCCCAGGACAGAAGACUGUGCCAAACUCCAUUCUCCACCAUUUUGCAUCUCUUCAGAUGAAGAAGGAUUACAGGAAAAUAUGCAAGAAAGAGGACUCAGGUCCUGCUCAUCAGGAGAAUGGGAAGGCUUCCUGCUCAGGUGACACUGAAGUUACAAAGUCUGAGGUCACAGUGUCAGAUAGAAAACAAGAAAAAAAUGAGUUGUCGAUUAACCGCUCAAAUAAUGUUGAAGAGUCGGCGUCUGGCGCAAUCACACCUAGGGGGGAUAGAAAUUCCACUACAUUAGAGGUGGUGGAGAAGAACUCCAAGGUGCUAGAGAGUUCUUGUGAUGAUAGCUCUUCUUCUCAGCGUGAUGUUUCUGCAGAUGUCAUAUCAUCUGACCAUUCGUACAUCAGUGAGAGGCCAAACGAUGAGGAAGAAGAAGAGACUUCUGAGGAGAAAGAGCGUCCUGUCUGUUCUGAAACUGCAGUGGAGGCUGUUUCAGCUAACUCUGAAACUGUUUGUGCGUCAUCAGAUCAGUCUUCGUUUGCUCCUCUGGUUAAUGCACAUCCACAGAGUCUUGAGAAUUGGGAGACUGCACAGUUGAAGAACAAUGGGAAGGAACAGGAAGAGAAACCAGUAAAAGAGCAGGAAGGAGAUCCACAGACACAGAUGAAGGAGGACAACAAGGCAAGCUCUGGGCAGUCACAGAGUCGACAAGAGCAAGAUACACGGCUGGAGAACAAGGAGGAACAGAGAGGGACUGAACUGUCUCAGAACAAAGAAGAUUGCUGGGGUGAUACUGUACAGCCAGAUCUGGAAAGGAAGGAGUACAAGGGCUCUACAGAGGCAGAAACCAUAAGAGAGAAAACAGAAAGUAAGUCUGAAAUCAGUUCUGCAAAAGAGCUGGAUAAUGCUUCAGGAGAAGAGCAUACAGUCAAUACUGAGGAAGGCAAAGGGAGCAUAUCUAGGCAAGAAGGCAGUAACAGCAAAGAACAAGGUGCUUUUGAUGCUCUGGAAGAAAUUAAAACAGGUCAUGAUAUUUUAACACAUGUCAACAGUUCUUGGAGCAAAAUAUCUAGCAUUGUACCUCCUUUAGAAACUAGAAGUGAAGUGAAUAACAAAGCUGAUAGAUCAGAGAAAAGUGACUUUGCAACACCACCAGAAGAGAGGGCACACAAAAAGGGUUGCACGCCCACUGUUGAGAGAACUGCUGAUGAGAUGGAAGAGGAUGAAGAGGAAGAUGAUGAGGAUGAAGAGGAUGAAAAAACUGAUGAUUCUGCUGAUGAGAUGCAGGAUGCUACUUCUGACUUCCCAAGUGAAGAUGAAGUAGAAGUUGAAAAAGUGGCUGCGUGUGAAUACAGUGAGGAUGACGAGCAGGUGGACAUUGAGACCGUGGAGGAGCUUUCAGAGAAGAUUAACAUUGCCCGUCUGAAGGCCACAGCUGCUUAUAUCGAACCUUCCAAACAGAAAUGCCAUACUCGUAAUUCUUCGGAUGAAACAUUAUCAGAAAAAGAUACGAAGAAACAUCAGACCUGGAAAAAAAGGAUGAAUUCUGAGGCAGAAGCCAUUGCUCGUUACCGCCAGGCACACACAGCAAAUGAACGUCGGCGACGUAAUGAAAUGAAAGGUCUCUUUGAAAAGCUGAAGAGGGUUUUGGGAUUGCCGAACCUUCCCAAAGUCUCCAAGUCCUACAUCCUCAAGCGGGCCUUUGAAGAAAUCCAAGGACUGACGGAUCAGGCAGAUAAGUUUCUUGGACAGAACACCUUAUUGAAACGCAAACGAGACACUCUGAUUCGAAAAGUGUCCACACUUUCAGGUGAGACUGGUUUUGGAUACAAACUAGCU